AUGAUGGACGUUGAUCAUAGUACUGCGGCUGAAGAUCGCUCGCGUCGAGCCACCAGUGUCCUAUCCAUGGAUGAUAUCGAAGCCGCUCAAGCCUUGGAAGGCUUGCGCACCGAAUAUGGUCAAUCGCCUCGGAUCGCGCUAUCCUCCGAUCAAAAGCCCCAGCCGGAACCCCUCCUCUCUCUCCUCACGUCUACCCAUCCUCUCAUCUCUUCCGCCAUCAACGGUUCUGUGUCGGCCUAUGCGAACUCCAAGUCUUACUCCCCGCGUUUCAAGUCCGGAGCCGAGUUUAUCGAACGGAAUAUCGGGUCGCCGGUAGCCAAGUCGGUGGGUACGGUUGGUCGAAAAACGGGUAUGGAGAGUGGAUUGCGGUGGGCGUUGCAGCGUCGGGCGUCGUCCUCGGCCAACUCGGGCCGGUCGAAGCGUCGUAAAGUGAAUGGUAGUGACGGUGGUCAAGAGCAAUCGGCGGACGCGGAGGUUGACGUCGAGAAAGGCUCCGUGGAUGACAACAUGGAAGGCAGCGUGGAAGGUCCUCCGCCGUACGAUGAUCAGACAUCCCCCAGCUAUGAUGAGGUUGAACGGGAGAGUCCCUCGAGACAGAACCAGCCGACCUGGCCGAGUCGGUUGAUGAUCUCGACGUCCGGUUUGGGCGUCGCAAUGAGUGAGGAGUCGCUGCGCAGCCUGCAGUACUGUCUAACGUGGCUGCGAUGGGCGAAUGGGCGGCUGGGCAAGGCUAUCGUGGCACUGCAGGGUGCGCUGAAAGAGUGGGAUAAUGAGUCUGAGAAUGGUCGUCGGGAUGCUUCCUCGCAGGCGAGUCUCCUGACUCAGCGGAUACAAGCUGUCAAGGAGGAUGUCCUGUCUACCUUGAAACGGGUCGUGGAUAUCGUCUCCAAGUACGCUGGUGGAGCGUUGCCGGAGAAUGCCCGGAAUUUAGUCCGUCGCCAUCUCACCUCCCUUCCGCAUCGAUUCCAGAUCGCUUCGACCUCGAACCCACCGCCCGACUCGGCGGCGGCUGCAUCCGACACCACGGUUAGCGCCCAUCGAAUCCUGGUCCUUGCUCAAGAAGGGCUCGACAUGAUGGCCCAGGUCAGUGGUGUUGUCAACGAUACUCUUGUCAGUGCCGAGCUCUGGUGUGAGAGACUGGGCCGGAAGCGGCCCGAGAACAAGAAUACCGCAGAUGUCAAGCAGCCGGAGCAACACAGGGAGUCCUAUCCGGCUGAUAUCAAGCGACCCGUUCACGAGCCUUCCCCUCAUGACGUGCCGAUGUCGGGAAUGGAAAAGGUGUGA